AUGGGCUUAAACAAUGGAGCUGAUAGGACUCCCCCAAUGGGAUGGAAUAGUUGGAAUAAGUUUCAUUGUAAUAUUGAUGAGAAAUUAAUUAAAGACACCGCUGAUGCUUUAAUUAAACAUGGAUUAGCUGAUGUUGGUUACAAAUAUUUGAAUAUGGACGAUUGUUGGGAGGGUGAAAGAGAUGACGACGGAUAUAUUCAUGCUAGUAAAGCAACAUUUCCGAGUGGAAUUAAAGCAUUAUCGAAUUAUGCACAUUUAAAGGGACUUUUAUUUGGAAUUUAUAGUGACGCAGGAUAUCUUACAUGUGCCAAACGACCCGGAAGUCUCGGAUACGAGGAUAAAGAUGCGAUGACAUUUGCGUCAUGGGAGAUCGAUUAUUUAAAAUAUGAUAAUUGUAACAACGAUGGUACACCGGAACAACAACGAUAUCAGGUUAUGCGCGAUGCGCUUAACGCUACUGGAAGGCCUAUAUUUUAUAGCAUUUGUGAAUGGGGGAGAAGCUCUCCGCAUCUAUGGGGGAAUUCGGUUGGAAAUAGUUGGAGAACAACAGGGGAUAUCCAGCCAAGAUGGGGAUCUAUCUUAAAUAUACUCCGAAAACAAGAAAGCAUUACAAAAUACGCAGGUCCAGGUGGUUGGAAUGAUCCUGAUAUGUUACAAGUUGGCAAUGGUAAUUUGACGAUUGACGAACAAAAAAGUCAUUUUUCUUUAUGGGCUGCUCUAAAAGCACCUCUUUUACUUGGUUUUGAUAUCAGGACUCCACCCGUUGAAACUUUAAAAAUUGUAAAAAAUACCGAGAUUAUUGCUAUUAAUCAAUAUUUAUUGGGAAAAUCUGUAAAUAUUGUUCAACGUACAAGUUCUUGGGAUAUUUGGGCUGGGGAAUUAUCUGAUGGUCAUGUUGCUCUAUUAUUUAAUAGGGGUGAAUCACCCACUAUCAUUGAAUUAAAUUUUGCUGCACAUUUAAACAUUAGUGGAGCAGUUGUAGUCCGAGAUUUAUGGGAACAUGAAGAUAAAGGAAUUCAUACAAAUAGUUAUUCAUACCGAGUACCAAAACACGGCAUAACUGUAUUAAAACUUACCGGUGGAACGAAGAUGUUGGAAAGUGAUUUUGUGGUUCCAUAUGGUGAUGGUGGUAAUGAUUUAUUCGACGAAUAUUAUGAAAAUGCAUUUUAUAGAAAUUAUUGA